AUGUCCAGCGAAGCGUCAUGGCAGCAAGAAGCCACUGCACAAGGUUUCAAGGGAGAACGAGGAGGUUGGGUGCUUCUGGCACAGCGCGCGCCACACCCGGAGGCGGCCGCGCCCGGGCAGGACUGCAGCCCCAGGCGAGGCGCCCGCCGCGGAGAGCGGCCCCCGGUGUGCGCGGCGCCCGAGCGGGCGGGCCUCGGGAGGGGCCUGUCCCGGGGCCCCAAGCGAGAGCGGCCGCAGGAGGAGGCGGCGGCGGCCGGAAACGAGUUCCCUGAGUCCGGAUACAGGUCUGGAAACUCCCUCGCGGGCGGCGCGGGGCGGGCCUGGGGAACCGAGCUGCCAAAUGAGAGAAGCUUCCAGAAUGCUGCUAAAAGCAAUGAUUUGCAUCUUAUGGAGAAGCUGUUUGGAAAGAAGGUUAAUAUUAAUGCUGUGAACAAUAUGAACCUCACAGCCUUGCAUUUUGCAGUGGGGACAAAUCGUUUAUCUGCUGUGGAUUUCUUGCUUAAUCACAAGGUCAGGGUGGAUAUUGCUGAUGCAAAGGGAAGAAAACCAUUUCUUUUGGUGGCAGAGAGGGUCCACGCUGAAAUGACAGAAAAACUUAUCUUCCUUAAUCUGCGUACUACAGAAAAGGACAAGGAGGGGAGCGCUGCCCUGCACCUCGAAGCAAAGCGUGGUCACAGCCCUGCGAUCCAGUGCUGCUCACCCUGUCACCAGAAAUACAGAGAUCAAGGAGGGGAGCGGGGAGAUGGAAGGCAGGCCUGGAGUUCAGCGGAGAGGCUGUGGCUGCGGAGGCAGACGCGAGUCAUCUGCUCUGGGAGGUCACUUCUUAACCCCUGGGUCCACGCCUUUGGAGCUGGCUGUUUGGAGACCCAGAUCAAUAUCAGUGCUUUGCAGACAGCAACCCGGAAUGGCCAUGCAUUACUUGUCAGGUUUCUUCUCAAUGAGAAUGUUGAUCUGCACCAGAAGAUGGAACCUAAGGCGUCCCCUCUUCAUUUAGCUGUUCUCAACAACCUUGUCACAGUGGUGAACAGCUUAAGUGCACAGCAUGACGUUGAUAUCUUAAAUCAGGUAAAAGAAAAUUUGAAGUUUUAUAAUUUUAAACUUGUACGGUGUGCCGGGCGCGGUGGGUAUGCAAAUAAGGCAAGUGGGCGGCCUUUCCGCUCCGGAAAGGAAAGUGCUGGGUCGGCACUAGGGGGCGAAGCGGCGGGCGGCCGGGCGGGCAUCGACACGCCGCACCGAGCGGGGGCCCGGGUUUCAGAGGUUUUGUGGCAGACUGCCCUGGCUGUGGCUGCAAGGAGCAGCAGCAGCCUCUGCAUGGCUGUGCUCACCGCAGCUGAGAGGCACCACGCCUAGGGAGAAUGGCGGGAACAGAGGUCGAGAACAUGAAGGGACACAUCAACCAGCUCUACCCUGACGUUCAGGCAGGACCACAGCCCGGAGACCAGGCAUAUUCGCAGUCUGCUCGGGCACCUGGCUUACUGUCAGCUGAAGGCCAAUGAGCGGCAGAGGCUGGCCCGUUCGCAGAACUUUACGGACGCCCGGAUCAGAGCCAUCGAGGGGCAGUGGUCAGGAAAGGAGAGCUUCUGCAAACACGGCCACAGGGCUCUGCUUAUUUGGCUGCAUGGGGCCCUGGUGACACAGGCCACGCCGGUCAAGCACCUGUACAAGGAGCUGGUGCGCACGGACUUUCCAGAACCAGCUGAAAAGACUCGUCAAUUUAAAAGUGAAGCUGACUCAAGGCCCAAGAAAUGUGCAGUUUCAUAA